AAUAUCAUCAUAGCCAAUCGAUUCCAGCUAGUCACAUAUCUCGCCGACGGUGGUCAAGGCGAGGUCUGGGAAGCACUCGACCUCAAGACCAAUCAGCAUGUUGCUCUCAAGCUUGUACCCGAGGACAAUACCACCGACCUUACCACAGAGUACGACUUCUACGACAAGCUCCAACAGCGAAGAAGCACCGGCAUGCUCCAAGUCCUCUUCUUCACCGAACAAUUAGACGAGUAUGCCAUCCUGGCCUUGCCUCUUCUCGGACCCAAUCUCCUCGACCUAUUUCACUACUGUGGCGACCAGUUCAGCUUGAAAACGGUCCUACUGAUCGCCGAUCAAGUCCUGCAACGACUCAGGUUCUUACAUUCCCAGGAUAUUAUCCAUCGAGAUAUCAAACCGGCCAAUCUUAUGAUGGGGAGAGGAAUUGACGGAAAUACGAUCUAUCUUGUGGAUUAUGGCCUCGCCCGGGAUAAGGUUCAGGCGCCUGAUGAUCCGUUGCACUAUGGGCUUGACUUGGAGGCGAAUGUUGUCGGUACGACUGAUUAUGCGUCUAAGGCGGCGCAUAGGAUGCAGUGUGAUGUAGGCCAGACGUACCGUGACGAUAUGGAGAGCUUUGGGUACAUGAUGGUUGAGUUUCUUACGGGUAGCUUGCCGUGGAAUGAGCUCAGAGCUUCUUCCAACAGAUCGAGGGCAGAGAAGGUGGGGGAGGCAAAGGAAACGAUAGCCCUGGAUGAUCUGUGUCAGGAUGUUCCAAACGUGUUCAAGGAGUACUUUAAACACGUGCGCAAUCUGCGGUAUAACGAGCGGCCAGACUACGCUAGGCUCCGGAAGCUUUUUCGCUCGGAAUUCCAACGACGGGGAUACAAGUACAAUCAUGUGUACGACUGGACUGAGGAGCUGUUUCGGGAGGUUAACCUUAAAGCUGCUGGCGCUGCUAAUUCUGCAUGA